GUCGUGUAAUUUAUUUAACUUUGAAAUGAUGAUCUCACUGGUGAUGUUUUUGCUUGGAAAUUGUACAUAUAUUAAAUUGUAAGUAAUCAGAACUAUCUCUUUCACAUGAAAUAAAAUAACUAUUUCUUUAGAUUAUCUAGAAUUGUGGAAGUUACCUUGAUGAUCUUCAUUAAGAUCUUAUAGAUUAAGACUAAUUAUCACGCGGCAAAGAAGACCAGGUCGUUACUAAGCGGUUAACUCUCAUGGACACAACCGUAAAACAAAUGAAAAAUAAGAGCUGAAGUAAGCAUGCAUACGCAGCUUUGACGACACUAGUUCUGUAGGAUACGCCUGAAAUCGUCUUAACUUAUGUUUGAAGUUUUGAUAUCGCUUUCAUUAUGUCGACAUUACUCUUGACAUACACAGAAACUAUCACAUUCAUCAUAUUCUUGGAUAGUCAUGUUUGAAAGUCAAAACAAUUAUCCAUUAUUCUAAUAUACUUUAUUCAUUUCACCUUCUGUGAUAAGGCUAUGGAACGUGUCAACGCGGAUACGUGAUUAAGUAACGUGUUGUGAUUUAUAAUCCAAACCUUCCUCUUCUCUUUAAAUAUAACUUCUAUGGGUGUGACUAGCAUGGCUCAUCAAGUAAUGUGUUAGAUCAAAUCUUUAUCCUACGUAUUUUUUCCUCGUUCAUUGUGUGAUUCUAUAUGGAAAGGAGUGACCAUGACGUUAAAGAUUCCGAUCCAAGAAACGGUGAAAUUGGUUGGCUCUUUAAGAUUGUGUGGCAGCGAUAGAAGUGAACCAGUGGUGGUUAGCAAAACAGAGAUGGUGAUGGAUGAGAAGGUUUAUGUAGCAGUGGUAGCGAGAGAUCUUGAGAGCAAGUCCAGUCUUGUUUGGGCGAUACAGAACACUAGAGGCAGAGAGUUUUGCAUCGUCUAUGUUCAUCAACCGAUGCAGAUCUCAGCCCCGGGAGAGAUGUUCCACGAGCAGAAGCUGCGGCUUUAUAGAAAAGAAAAGGAGAAAGCUCAUAAUAGUUUGGACAAGUACCUUAAUAUAUGCAGGCAAAUGCAUGUCAAUGCAGAGAAGAUAUAUAUGGAAAUGGAUUCAGUAGAGGAAGGUAUCCUCCAACUGAUAUCUCAGCGUGGGGUUAAGAAGCUUGUCAUGGGAGCAGCAGCUGAUAGAAACUAUACAAUGAGCAUGAGAGACUUAAAGUCCAAGAAAGCUAUUUACAUUAGCAGAGAAGCGCCGUGUCAUAUAUGGUUCACCUGCAAUGGAUACCUAAUAUGUACAAGAGAAGCUACAAGAAGAGAUAACUUGUAUGCUGAAGGUACAUCGUCAAGUUCCUUGACUCAAUCCAAGAUAACUAAAGGAACUGAAAGGGUUGCAAGCUCGAGUAUGGCUAAAGAUGAUGUUCAGAUCCAAGUAGCUCUCAUAGAAGCUGCCACUUCAAAUAGGGAAACACGCUUAGAGGUGUCUAAGCGUAAGGAAGCUGAAAAAGCUGCAUCUGAUGCAAUCAAAAGGGCUAAAGAAUCGGAGAAUUUGUAUCUCAAUGAGUUGAAGCGUAGGAAAGAAAUAGAGAAGUCACUGAAGGAAGCCAACGAAGAGAUGGAAAAGAUGAGAUCAGAAGGCGAGGCACGAGUUGCUGAGUCUAAUAUGGUGAUUACAAACCUUCAAGGAAAGUAUAGCUUAUCAAUGAAAGUGUUGAGAAGACUUAGAGAUGAACAAGAAGAGUUGAAGAGAGAGAUUAGUGAAGUCUCAAAGCUGAAGAGUAAGCGCGAGGAAGAGGAAGCAUCUCCCUCUAAGGACCUUGAACCGCCUCAGUACUUCAUUUGUCCUAUUACACAGGAAGUGAUGGAGGAUCCAUAUGUAGCAGCAGAUGGUUUUACAUAUGAAGGAGAAGCCAUACGCGGCUGGUUUAAUAGAGGACACGAGACUUCUCCAAUGACAAACAAAAGGCUUCCUCACACGAGUUUGGUUCCAAAUCUUGCUCUUCGAUCUGCAAUCCAAGAAUGGCUUCAAGCUUCAAGCUCCUAAAACAUUGAACCAGACCCGAGCUCGGUUGGAGACUUUAAUUUUUAAUAUAUAUGGUUAUGACUUUUGAUGUUUUGUAAUAAUUCACCCAUUGUCCUAUCACUAGCCGGUGUUUGGUUGGUACUUGGUAUGAAUCAGUCUUCUGUAAUAUUUUUCUUUAUUAUAUUAUCGUCUUUCUAAAUUAUAAAUUA